AUGAAGGCCCGCCCUUGCAAGGUUGCACAAGGUGCUAAACUGAGGGGGUCGUCCCGAAUAAUUGGUGUCGACACAAAUCCUGAGAAGAGUGUAAAAGACUUUCUGAACCCAAAUGAUCACGACCAACCAAUUCAUCAGUCUUGCUACACUGGAUGGGGUUUGACGGUGACCCUUGGCGUGCCUAAAGAGAGGCCAGAGAUAGCAGCUCACCAUGGACUCUUUCUCACUGGAAGAACGCUAACAGGAUCUCUCUUUGGUGGAUGGAAGCCAAAAUCCGAUCUUCCUUCACUGGUCUAUAAGUACCUAAAGAAGGAAAUUGAAAUUGACGACUAA